AUGGAGGAGUGUGGAGAGGGCCCCAGGCUCCUCCCCUACAGGCCCCCUCAGGCCUCUCCGGCAUCCAAGCAGCAGCUGGGCCCAAGCAGCCAUUCGGUCGCCAAACCUUGGGGCAUUGAGCUAUUUCUGGGACCCAGAAUAGGCGCUGCUCUCCAGGAGUUCAGAAUUGAAUUGGGGAGAGCAGCAGGGGCCCAGGUGCACCCCAGAUCCCUAGAGAGGCCCUCUGGGCUGGGGUCCCAGGCUGAGCCCAUUUAUAUGUUGUUUCAGGCCUCCGUGACGUUCAAGGAUGUGGCCGUGGACUUCACCUGGGAGGAGUGGAGGCACCUGGACCCUUCCCAGAAGGAGCUGUACUGGGAGGUGAUGCUGGAGAACUACAGGAACCUGGUGUGCCUGGGCCUUGCUGAUGCCAACCUGGAUGCGAUCUCUGAGCUGGGGUCAGGGGAACCACAUUGGAUUCCAAAGGGUAAUGCCCUAAGAACCUGCCAGCCAGAUUGGGACACUGCAUCUCAGACCAAGGAGUUGGCUGCAAAGAUGAGUAUUUCUAUGGAACAUUUCUCCCAGCAAACAUUCUUGGGGGAUGACCCAUGCAUCGCUGAGAUGGGAAAAACAUGGGAGUAUCAUAGCAGAUUAAAGAAAGAGAACAAUGGGAAGAAACAUUCUAGACAAGGAAAAGUAGUAAUCCAAACAGAACCUGCCAAUGAAAUAAGAGGCUGUGAAUACAGUAAAUACAGCAGUAGCUCUAGCACAGAGCCAGACCUUUUUCCAAAACAGGGAAUAUCUGGAGUAACAAAUCUCCAUGCAGGUGAUAUCCAGAGAAGGAGUUUCAACAUGGAUUCAGACCAAAGACAAUGUAAAAUCUAUUCAAAGGUUAAAUGUCAGAAAGCCUUGGAUUAUAAUUUGGAUUGCAUGAAAAGAUAUGGAAUUCAUGUUGAAGAGAAAGUUCAUGAAAAAGAGAAUUCUUUCCUCCUAAAUAAUGAACUUAGUCUACACCAGAGAACUAAUGCAGAAAAAAAUGGCAAUGAAUUGGCUAAAUGCCAGAAGACAGAUCUUUCUCAAUACCCUAGUAUUCAGAGUAAAGAGAAAUCUUUUAAAUGCAGUGAAUGUGGAAAGACCUUCCAAUUCAAGAUAAGUCUUACACAACAUUAUAGAAUCCACACUGGAGAGAAACCUUUUGAAUGCAGUGAAUGUGAAAAGGCCUUUCGCCAAAAGACAGAUCUUAUACGACAUUAUAGAAUUCAUUCUGGAGAGAAACCUUUUAAAUGCAGGGAAUGUGGGAAAGCCUUUCCCCGGCGCACAACCUUGACUCUUCAUCAGAGAACUCACACUGGAGAAAAACCCUAUGAAUGCAGUGAAUGUGGGAAGACAUUCCGAUCAAGUUCUAACCUCACUCAGCACCGGAGUACUCAUACUGGAAUAAAACCUCAUCAAUGCAGUGUAUGUGGGAAGGCAUUCUCUCAGAAAACUGAUCUUACUCAUCACAGUAGAAUUCAUACUAGAGAGAAACCAUAUGAAUGCAGUGAAUGUGGGAAGUUCUUCCGACAGAAGUCAGAUCUUGCACAACACUUCAGCAUUCAUACUGGAAAGAAACCGUUUAAAUGCAGUGAUUGUGGGAAAGCUUUUCCUAGGAUCACAACACUGAAACGACAUCAGAGAACUCAUACUGGAGAGAAACCAUUUGAAUGCAAUGAAUGUGGGAAGACAUUCCGGUCAAGCUCCAACCUUUCUCAGCAUGGGAAAAUUCAUAAAGGAAGAAAACCACAGCAGUUAGGUGGCUCAGUGGCUCGAGAGCCAGACCUAGAGAUAGGAGGUCCUGAGUUCAAAUCUGGCUUCAAAGGCUUUCUAACUAUGUGACCCUGGGCAAGUCACUUAAGUCCAAUUCCCUAAUCCUUCCUGCGCUUCUACCUUAGUAAUGAAUCUAAGAUAGAUGGUAAAGGUUGUAAAAAUAAAGGAAUAAGACCUCAUGA